GAUUCCCCAAGCAACCAGGAAGGAAGUGGACAGGGACAGUGAAGAGGGAAGUUUGUAAGCAGUUCACUGGGAGCAAGAGGAAGAAGGAAAAGAGGAAGAGGAGCCAGACACCAGAUCCUGCUCCUGGAAGGACUGAAUGGCCCAAGAUAUGACGGAGAAAGAGCUUCGGAAGAUGGAACUUGACCAGCUGAAAAAGGAGGUGAAGAAUGAAAGACAAAUGAUCUCCAAGACGGGCAAAGAGCUCGUGGAAUACAUAGAAUCCAUGGCAGCGGAGGAUCCUCUGUUGAAAGGAAUUCCUGAGGACAAGAAUCCUUUUAAAGAGAAGGGAGGCUGUAUAAUAAACUGACCCCCACUGCUCACAGACAAACAUGCAACUGCUUCCUCUUGCAAAAUCCAGACUGCCAGUAUUCUGCCUGUCCCAUAGCAUGAUCUUUGCAGAGUGGAACAGCCCCAAACUACAUUCUCAUGAAACAUAGCACAUUUACAGACCACAAAAAAAAAACACCCUACUGAAGAAAUGCUUACCUUCAGCAGCGAGAAGGCAACCUAUUUUUAUGGCAUCCCCACCUAUUUAAUUUCAGCUUGAGGUACACAUGCAGAAUGGGUUUGAAGAGACCUGCAGGGCUGUAGUCUUAGUAGCAUUUAUUUGACUUUCCCUCCACUCCUAACUGCAGAAUUGAAUCCCCAGGUACUAGGUGCAAUUCAAUUCCCCAACUCAAUACAUUGCUGUGUGAUGUUGGACAGGUCACUUAAUCCUUGUGCCUCAGUGUCCCCAUCUGUAAAAUGCAGAUGAUGAUGCUUGCUUGCCUCUUGUAAAGCACAUUGAGAUGCAGGCUUCAAAAGGCACUAGGCAUUAUUAUAAAUUAAUCCCAAGAAUUUGAAAGGACCUUAUACAUUUACCUGUUCAUUAUGUUCAUAAACCAGGUGGCCAGCUAUUUUUGUUAAUUUCUUAACAACAACAUAUUUAACAUAAAUUCUAUCUCCCCUUCUCAAAGGCACUUCAGCUAUCUGUACAUCCAGUAAUACUGGAUAUAAAUACAUCAACAUUUACCAUUUAAA